GCCAGAGCCGGGCGAUGCCCCCAGCCGACGGGUGGACAGAGGCGCCGUCAGGUUUCUUGGAGUCUCUGCGCAGCCCCUGGGCCAGACCCCGUAGUGAAGGCUGCAGGAUCUUCCUUCCAGCCCCAGAAGCUCUGGCUGAGUCCACGGACCCGCCUGGCCUCAGGGUACCGGGAAGAGCGGAGUUGUCAGCAGGAGAGCCUGAGGGUUGAGGCUCAGCGGGACAAUGCCAGCCAACCGGAGCUCUCCCCAGUGGUCCCCAGCCCUGGCUGCAGAGGGACAUGGCAGUGUGUGUGAGGUGUCAUUCAAGGAUGUGACUGUGGACUUCAGCAAGGAGGAGUGGCAGCACUUGGACCCUGCUCAGAGGCUCCUGUACCGGGAUGUGACGCUGGAGAACUAUAGCCACCUGCGUUCAGUGGGGUACGAAGUUCCCAAACCAGAGGUCAUCUUCAAGUUGGAGCAAGGAGAGGGGCCAUGGACGUUGGAGGAGGAAACCCCACACCAGAGCUGCUCAGAUGAGGAUAAUGGGCAAACCCAACAACAGAGAAUAUCUGGAGAAGUUUCAUUACACUGUGAGAAAUUUGGUCAGUCCAUAGGAAAAGAUUCAUUGUGUUCCAUUGUAGAAGAACUGUGGCAAGAUAAUGACCAGCUAGAGAGAUAUCAAGAAAACCAAAAUAACCCUUUAAGUCAUGUGAAAGUAUUGAUUAAGGAGAGGGGCUAUGAAUGUAAAAACAUUGAAAAAAUAAUUCACGUGAGUACCAGGCUUGUUCCUUCCAUUAAAAGACUCCAUAACUAUGACACAUUUGGAAAGAGUUUGAAGCAUACUUUAAACUUACAUAAUCAUAAUAAAAGCAAUGCAACAAAGAACUUUGAUAAAAUUUUUAGAAAUGGUAACAAUUUUGCCCAUAGCUCUUCCUCUACUAAGAAUGAGAAUGCUAAUACAAGAGCAAACUCCUGUGAACUUAAUCAAUGUGAAAAACAUCUUGGCCACAAACAAGUUCUCACCCACCAUCAGAAAAUUCAUACUGAAGAGAAACUUUAUGUGUGUACUCAAUACGUACAGACGUUCACCCAAAAGUCACAUCUUUUUGAGCAUCAGAGAAUUCAUGCUGGAGAAAAAUCCCAUGAAUGCAACAAGCGUGAGAACAUCUUCACUCAGAAGCCACAAACUGAGGUACCUCAAAGUGUUUACACAAGAGAGAAACCUUUUAUAUGUACUCAAUGUGGGAAGGCCUUUACACUCAGGUCAAACCUCAUUACACAUCAGAAAAUUCAUACUGGGCAGAAACCCUAUAAAUGCAGUGAAUGUGGAAAAGCCUUUUUCCACAAAUCAUAUCUCUUUAGACAUAUGAGAAUUCAUACAGGAGAAAAACCUUAUGAAUGCAGUGAAUGUGGAAGAGGCUUCUCCCAGAAUUCUGACCUCAAUAUACAUCAGAAAACUCAUACUGGAGAGAAACACUAUGCAUGCAGUGAAUGCGGGAAAGCCUUCACAAGAAAAUCAGCACUCAGGAUGCAUCAAAGAAUUCACACAGGAGAGAAACCUUAUGUAUGCACUGAAUGUGGGAAGGCCUUCAUCCAGAAAUCCCAUUUCAAUACACAUCAGAGAAUUCAUACUGGAGAAAAACCUUAUGAAUGCAGUGAUUGUGGGAAAUCGUUCAUUAAGAAAUCACAACUCCAUGUGCAUCAAAGAAUUCAUACAGGAGAAAAACCUUAUAUAUGUACAGAAUGUGGAAAGGUCUUUACUCAUAGGACAAAUCUCACUACACAUCAGAAAACUCAUACUGGAGAGAAACCAUAUAUGUGUGCCGAAUGUGGAAAGGCUUUCAGUGAUCAGUCAAAUCUCAUUAAACACCAGAAAACUCAUACUGGAGAGAAACCCUAUAAAUGCAAUGGCUGUGGAAAGGCCUUCAUAUGGAAGUCACGCCUCAAAAUACAUCAGAAAUCUCAUAUUGGAGAGAGACACUAUGAAUGCAAUGAAUGUGGGAAAGCCUUUAUCCAGAAAUCAACACUCAGUGUGCAUCAGAGAAUCCAUACAGGAGAGAAACCCUAUGCUUGUCCUGAAUGUGGGAAGGCCUUCAUCCAGAAAUCACACUUCAUUGCACAUCAUAGAAUUCAUACUGGAGAGAAGCCUUAUGAAUGUAGUGACUGUGGGAAAUGCUUCACGAAGAAGUCACAACUCCGGGUGCAUCAGAAGAUUCACACAGGAGAGAAACCCAAUAUAUGUGCUGAAUGUGGAAAGGCCUUCACUGACAGGUCAAAUCUCAUAACACACCAGAAAAUCCAUACUAGAGAGAAACCCUAUAAAUGCAGUGACUGUGGAAAAACCUUCACCUGGAAAUCACGCCUCACUAUCCAUCAGAAAUCUCAUACUGGAGAGAGACACUAUGAAUGCAGUAAAUGUGGGAAAGCUUUCAUCCAGAAAGCAACACUAAGUUUGCAUCAGAUAAUUCAUACAGGGAAGAAACCUUAUGCUUGUACAGAAUGUCAGAAGGCCUUCACUGACAGGUCAAAUCUCAUUAAACACCAGAAAACUCAUAGUGGAGAAAAACUCUAUAAAGCCAGUGACUGAAAAUGCCUUCAGCUGGAAAUCACAACUGGAUAUGCAUCAGCUGUCUCAUAGUGGAGAGAUGAGGAGUGCCUGAUGCAUCAAUCAUUGUGCAGGGGGAGUAAAUAUGACAGACUACAAACAGCCUAAGUGAACAGAAGGCAAACAAAGCCAAGUAUCCUUCAGUCAGGUGGAAUACAAGUUGAUAUGCAAUUAUAUGCAUAGGGAGACACUUCAAUAAAGCAUUUGAGCAAUA